AGAAAGUGAGGGGGGGGGAAAGAGCGAGAUAGAGCGAAGAAGAGCCUGACGGAGCUGGAGCUGCAGAAGCGGAGACCGAUGUUUACAGCGGGCCGAGAUCUUCCUGGAUAACACAAUGCCAGCUGAGCGGAAGAAGUCAGCUAGCAUGGAAGAAAAGGAAACAUCAUUAAGUAACAAAGAGAAGGAGUUUGGUGAGAGGCGGUCAGUGAGCAGCCGGGACAGACCCAAGGAGGAUGUCAGGCUGGGCAUGAAGAGAGAGAUGCUCAAGCCACCCGAAGAUAAAAAGAAGAAAAUGGAGGAGGAGAAGCGGAAAAAGGACGAGAAGGAAUGGAAGAAGAAAGAGGACGAGAAGAUAAAAUCGGAGGAGGAACAAAAGAGAAAGGAGGAGGAGGAGAAGCAAAAGCUUGAAGAGGAAGAGAAGAAGAAGCAAGAGGAAGAGAUGAAGCUGCAGCAGGAAGAAGCAGCUGCCAAGUUGAAAGAGAAAGAAGAAGCUCACCAGCUGCAUCAGGAAGCUUGGGAGCGCCACCAAGCCCGGAAGGAGCUGCGAAGCAAAAACCAGAACGCCUCGGAAAGCCGCCCGGAAGAGAAUUUCUUCAGCAGGCUGGACUCCAGCCUGAAGAAGAACACGGCCUUCGUGAAGAAGCUCAAGACCAUCACCGAGCAGCAGAGGGACUCCUUGUCCCACGACUUCAACGGCCUCAACCUGAGCAAGUACAUCGCCGAGGCCGUGGCCUCCAUCGUGGAAGCCAAGCUGAAGAUCUCGGACGUGAACUGCGCGGUGCACCUCUGCUCCCUCUUUCACCAGCGCUACGCCGACUUCGCUCCCUCGCUGCUCCAGGUCUGGAAGAAGCAUUUCGAAGCCAGGAAAGAAGAGAAGACGCCCAACAUCACCAAGCUGCGGACCGACCUGCGGUUCAUCGCCGAGCUGACCAUCGUCGGGAUUUUCACCGACAAGGAGGGCCUGUCCCUCAUCUACGAGCAGCUGAAGAGCAUCAUCAACGCCGACCGCGAGACUCACACCCACGUUUCCGUGGUCAUCAGUUUCUGCCGGCACUGCGGCGACGACAUCGCGGGCUUGGUACCCAGGAAGGUGAAAAGCGCGGCGGAUAAAUUCAACCUGAGCUUUCCCCCCAGCGAGAUCAUCAGCGCGGAGAAGCAGCAGCCUUUCCAAAACCUGCUGAAGGAAUAUUUCACCUCGCUGACCAAGCACCUGAAAAGGGACCACAGGGAACUGCAAAACAUUGAAAGGCAAAACAGGCGUAUUCUGCAUUCUAAAGGGGAAUUGAGCGAAGACCGGCAUAAACAAUAUGAAGAAUUUGCUAUGUCUUAUCAGAAGCUGUUGGCAAACUCUCAGUCUUUAGCAGACCUCCUGGAUGAAAACAUGCCAGAUCUCCCUCAAGACAAACCUGUGCCAGAAGAACACGGUCCGGGAAUUGAUAUUUUUACCCCUGGCAAACCUGGGGAAUAUGAUUUGGAGGGGGGAAUCUGGGAAGACGAAGAUGCCAGGAACUUCUACGAGAACCUGAUUGAUUUAAAAGCGUUUGUGCCGGCUAUCUUGUUUAAAGACAAUGAAAAGUGCUCUCAGGCCAAAGAUUCUGGGAGGGACGACUCCAGAGAACUAAAAGAAAAUAAAGAAAAUAAAGAUAUAUCCGGCACUGAAGACCUAGAACUGGAACUGGAAAACUUGGAUAUUAAUGAUGAGACCCUGGAUCUAGAUUGUGGGGAGGAAGCAGAGGAUCUCACAAAAAAACUUCUUGACGAACAAGGCAAGAAACAGGGAGCAGAUAGCACCGGAGCUGAAAAUAGUGACGGAAAGCAAGCUGCAAGAAAACAAGAAGAUGAAGAAACGAGCACCGGAUCACACCUAAAACUUAUAGUAGAUGCUUUUCUUCAGCAGCUCCCAAAUUGUGUAAAUAGAGACCUCAUAGACAAGGCAGCCAUGGAUUUUUGCAUGAAUAUGAACACCAAGGCUAACCGAAGGAAAUUAGUCAGGGCCCUUUUCAUCGUUCCUCGGCAGAGGCUGGAUUUGCUGCCUUUCUAUGCACGGCUGGUUGGUACUUUGCACCCCUGUAUGUCCGACGUAGCAGAAGACCUCUGCUCCAUGUUGAAGGGGGACUUCAGAUUUCACGUGAGAAAGAAGGACCAGAUCAACAUCGAGACGAAGAACAAAACCGUGAGGUUCAUUGGCGAGCUAACUAAGUUUAAGAUGUUCUCCAAAAGUGACACGCUGCAUUGCUUGAAGAUGCUCCUGUCCGACUUCUCCCAUCACCAUAUCGAGAUGGCCUGCACUCUGCUGGAGACCUGUGGCAGAUUCCUCUUCAGGUCUCCGGACUCCCAUUUGAGGACCAGCGUUCUCUUGGAGCAAAUGAUGCGUAAGAAACAAGCAAUGCACCUUGACGCGCGCUACGUCACGAUGGUGGAAAACGCCUACUACUAUUGUAACCCUCCCCCAGCGGAGAAAACGGUGAAAAAGAAACGGCCUCCCCUCCAGGAAUACAUCCGGAAGCUGCUCUAUAAGGAUCUCUCCAAAGUCACCACUGAAAAGGUCCUGAGACAAAUGCGCAAACUGCCUUGGCAUGACCACGAGGUGAAAGAUUACGUGAUCUGCUGUAUGAUCAACAUUUGGAAUGUGAAAUAUAACAGCAUUCACUGUGUAGCCAACCUUCUGGCAGGACUGGUCCUUUACCAAGAGGACGUUGGGAUUCACGUGGUGGACGGAGUUCUAGAGGAUAUUCGAUUAGGGAUGGAGGUUAAUCAGCCCAAAUUCAAUCAGCGGAGGAUCAGCAGCGCUAAGUUCCUCGGCGAGCUGUACAACUACAGAAUGGUCGAAUCGGCGGUCAUCUUUCGGACUCUGUACUCGUUCACGUUGUUCGGGGUGAACUCCGACGGCACGUCGAGUCUCCUGGACCCCCCCGAACACCUUUUCCGAAUCAGACUGGUCUGCACCAUCCUGGACACCUGCGGGCAGUACUUCGACAGGGGAUCCAGCAAGCGAAAACUGGACUGCUUCUUGGUCUACUUUCAGAGGUAUGUUUGGUGGAAGAAAAGCUUGGACGUAUGGACAAAGGAUCACCUCUUCCCUAUAGACAUUGACUAUAUGAUCAGCGAUACGUUAGAACUGCUGAGACCGAAAAUAAAACUUUGCAAUUCUCUGGAAGAAUCCGUGAGGCAGGUACAAGAACUGGAAAGGGAAUUCUUAAUCAAACUAGGUCUUAUGAACGACAAAGACUCUAAGGAUUCCAUGACUGAAGGAGAGAACCUGGAGGAGGAUGAGGACGAAGAGGAAGGUGGGGUAGAGAUCGAAGAACAAUCUGGAAAUGAAAGCGAAAUAAACGAGCCAGAGGAGGAGGAGGGGUCGGAGAAUGAUGAUGACGAAGGAGAAGAGGAAGAAGAAGAAAAUACCGAUUAUCUCACUGACUCUAAUAAGGAGAACGAAACGGAUGAAGAGAACACGGAAGUAAUGAUUAAAGGAGGCGGGCUGAAACGGGUCCCCUGCGCGGAAGAUGAAGAUUUUAUUCAGGCAUUGGAUAAAAUGAUGCUGGAAAAUUUACAGCAAAGAAGCGGAGAGUCGGUGAAAGUGCACCAGUUGGACGUGGCCAUCCCUUUGCACCUCAAGAGCCAGCUGAAGAAAGGACCUCCCCUCGGGGGCGGGGAGGGGGAGUCUGAAUCCGGAGACACCAUGCCUUUCGUCAUGCUGACGCGGAAAGGCAACAAGCAGCAGUUUAAAAUCCUAAACGUGCCGAUGUCCUCUCAACUGGCCGCGAACCACUGGAACCAGCAGCAGGCCGAGCAGGAAGAGCGUAUGCGGAUGAAAAAGCUAACCUUGGACAUCAAUGAACGGCAGGAACAGGAGGACUAUCAAGAAAUGAUGCAAUCCUUGGCUCAGCGGCCGGCUCCAGCAAAUACAAACCGAGAACGGCGACCUCGGUACCAGCAUCCUAAGGGAGCCCCUAAUGCUGAUCUCAUCUUUAAAACUGGUGGAAGGAGACGUUGAUCCAGCCGCAAGAGUCAUCUCACAUCAGGUCCCGUAUCUCCAAUGUUGUGGAUUAGUGGAGUCCUCCAGCAAUUAAACCGAGAGCAGCGGACACAUCUGAGCAUGUCAGUCUUCAAGAGAGUUGAGCGAUGGGCAGGCUGGGGGCCGUAGAGCAGGAUGCACCAGCCUCUUAUUAAAAAAAAAAAAACACAAAAACAAAAAACAGAAAUAGUGGAAGCUUCCAGUCAUGGCCUAUCAAAACCGAAAACAAAAGCAUCUUGUUACGGAUACCGUGUGCUGCGAGGGUUAACCUUUUCAUGAGAACAGAAUAAAUGAGAUGGUUAACUUGACCGGUGGAGCAGUUCAGUUAACAACUUAAAAUAAGAGCAACUUUUUU